AUGGCUUCGGGGUCCAGUAGCGGCUCCUCUUCGGGCACUUUGUCCAGCUGCAGCAGCCUGUCGGGCCGUGAUUCCGAAUUGAGUCGUUUGGCUUCGCAAUUGAAGGGGCUUCGCAUAAGCAAAGAGGCCGUUUUCGCUGACCUUGCUGCAUUGCUGCCUGAAGCUCCCAAAGGCUUCCCCUUGAACAAGCAGUAUGCGGGAGCCUUCGAUGGUGAUGACGCCGAUGUUGGCGAUGGCGAGCCGCCUGAGGUUGAUGAGGCCAAGGUGAAGAAAACCAAAAAAGCCGGGUCCACAAAGGAUGAUGAGAAUCCGAAGAGCGAGUCAGGUUCCAAAAAAACGGGGCCCACCAAGGAUGAUGAGAAUCCGAAGAGCAAGGCAGGUUCCAAAAAAACGGGGCCCAACACGAAGACACCUUCAGCUUCCGAAGAUGCACCACUUGACCCAGACUUCGAGCCUUACCUCCCGAACCUCUACAGUGAGAAGCGAUUGGCUUUCAUCGAUGCUCAUGCUGUGCAGUACGGUAAAAGGGAGGCGGCCAAGAUGUGGAACACGUCGAUUCAGAAGGCUAAGAUGCUGGCGGGUCUGGGCUUACGGGAGCUUAAGAAGAGGAAGUUCGUGCCGAAGGACACUGCCGAAAAUCCGUUUGUCAAGGUCGUCAAGCAGGCAAAGCUUGCAGCAGCGGGUGGGGCAUGA